AUGGAUGUCGAACAACCCACCCAGCAGACAUCCUCUGAAAUCUACCAACCUCCCGAUAUCCCUGCCAACCCUCAGUAUCCAUUCUACAGCCAGACUGUUUCUCUUUACGAGCCCAUAUACCCCAUCGGCUGGUCGCAACCAGUAACGAACAGCGAGUACCAACACCUACAGCACCUCAAGAACAAAUACGUUCCGUCCUUGAGGGGUGUGUUGAUGAACUACAAGAACGUCGCUCUGGGCGAGAACCCCGGCCGCAAAGGCGCCGCCGCUUCAGACGACGACCCGACCACCCUAAAGUCAGUCAACGAGUUCGCAGUUGGCUUUGGCUGGAUCACCGCUGAGGUCGAUCUGUUUGUCCCCAGCCGUGGUGCGUGGAUGGAAGGCAGCAUCAACCUUCAGACUGAGGGCCACAUCGGUGUCGUCUGCUUUGGUCAAUUCAACGCCUCUAUCGAGGCUCGACGCCUACCAUCUGCCUGGAAGUGGGUUUCUAACGAGGACCCUGAGGCCUAUGGUAUGGAGGAGACUGCAUCCGUGAUUACUGCGGACGAUCACGGAGUUGUGCGCCAGAUCCACAGCACGGGAUUCUGGGUUGACGGAGAUGGAAAGAAGGUUAAGGGCAAGAUUCGUUUCCGCAUUCGCAACUUCGAUGUCGGUGUCAGCGGCGAGACGAGCUACCUCAGUUUGGAGGGAACCAUGCUGGACCGGGAGGCGGAAAAGGCACUUGUCAAGGAAGAGGCCGCAACGGCAGCUUUGAGAAAAGGAACCAAGGGGGCUCGCAAGAUCCAGAGAAGAAGAGCUCCAGAGUUUGCCAUGACUCGUUUCAUGGAUGAGGCGGAGCAACCAGCCGAGGCACAACCUGCAGAGGCAGAGGCAGCUACAGCAUAA